GAGCAGCAAAGUUUGAAAUACAUGAGUAGACUCUUUCAAUAAUUCAUUUGUUUCAUUAGUUUUCUUUGCCAACCAUAACUUGUAACUCUCUCCAUGUUCUCUCCGUCUCAUCAUCUUUGAAGUUGCUCUCUUCGUUUGAUUUUUCUUAAUAUUUUGUUGUCGAUACUUGAAUCUUCAAAGCCUGAAUUAAAUAAGCUGGAGACCAAAAGAAAUGAAGUGCUUCCCUUACCUCAAAGAAAAAAUCAGAAGUAAGCAACAAAGAUCAGCUCCUGAGCUGAAGACGCAAAAUCAUUCAAGCACUUCAAAUGUUUCGACUUCCGGAAGAGUGACCCAAUCUUCAAGUUCAACCAUUUCUUCACGAGGCAUACCCGAAUUAUUCGAAGAGAAGGCUCAUAAUUUGAGAAUUUUUUCAUAUUCGGAGUUGAGGCGCGCUACUAAUGAUUUCAGUAGACUGCUAAAGAUUGGGGAAGGCGGGUUUGGGGUGGUGUACAAGGGUACGAUCAAGGCUGUUGAUGGAAGGGGAGAUCGUAUUGUGGUUGCUAUCAAGAAGCUUAAGCAGGAUGGAUUUCAGGGUCAUAAAGAAUGGAUUUCAGAAGUUCUGUUUCUCAGUGUUGUGGAGCACCCUAAUCUUGUAAAACUAAUUGGAUAUUGUGCUGUUGAUGGAGAAAGAGGAAUCCAACGGCUACUUGUAUAUGAGUACAUGCCAAACAAAAGCCUCGGAGACCAUAUGUUCAACAAGGCCUAUGUGGCUCUUUCUUGGGAUAAAAGGUUAAAGAUUGUGCUAGGAGCUGCUCAGGGACUAGCCUAUUUGCAUGAAGAACUAGAAGUCCAGGUCAUAUAUCGAGACUUCAAAUCAUCAAAUGUGCUGUUGGAUGAAGAUUUUAAUCCGAAGCUUUCUGAUUUUGGACUUGCCCGGGAGGGGCCAACUGAAGGGAAUACUCAUGUCUCAACCGCUGUUAUGGGAACACAUGGUUAUGCAGCGCCUGAUUAUAUUGAAACAGGGCACCUUACAAGUAAAAGCGAUGUCUGGAGUUUUGGCGUGGUCUUGUAUGAGAUAUUGACUGGCAGACAGUCAUUCGAAAGAAACCGACCUAGAGCAGAACAGAAACUCUUAGACUGGGUGAAAAAAUUUCCAUUUGAUAGUAAGAAAUUUGAUUUGAUAAUGGACCCAAGACUUGAAAGUCAAUACUCAUCCCCUGCAGCUCGGAAGAUUGCAAAAUUAGCUGAUAGUUGUUUAAUGAAGAGCGCAAAAGAUCGACCAACAAUGAGCAGGGUGGUGGAAAUUCUAAAGCACAUCAUCCAAGUUUCGGGUGAAUAUGAUUCCUCUACCGAGACUUUUGUUUUCUCUGAUGAUGAAUCAGUUGAGCAGAAUAAAUCACCAGAAGAGGAGAGAGUGUCAAAAUCAGCGAAAAGGCGAAUGCUACACCUGGCUACAUUAGGUGACCAUGUUAAUGGACUGAGUAAAAGAGGAUUUAUGAUCAUGCAAAGAACCAAAGUACCGCAGAAAAUUGCAUCGUUGCAAUAUUAGAUUUUGUGGAUUAUUUCCAAGAAAAAUGCUCCCUCUCGUUACCGCAGGCAGAUGCAGAUAAGGAGCUAUCAAUUUAAAGGACUAAGUUUUGCUGGGAUAGUAGUUGUGUAUGAAUCUCAGAUAGUAGCUACUGUAUGUAACAGGUGAUAAUAUUUUUAGUUGAGCAAUAACCAUUAUUCGUAUGUAUGUGUAUAUAAACAAAGAAUAUGUUGGGAGCCUCUGUUCUUUUGUUUGUUUCUAAAUGUAGUCUAUAUAGGUUGAUUAAGGAUAACUGGUUUCUGGUUCUAAAAUUUUGAUUCAUUUCACUGAUAA